AUGUCAGACUUAAUUGGUGAAAAGAAUGCAAUUUUGUCUCUUUCCAAAGACGGUAAUCCAUUAUUAGAUGACUUUGACUUAACGCCAUCAUCGAUUGACGAUAAUCUAUUCGAUAUUCCAGUAUUAACAUCUCUUCCUAGCCUCGAAAGUAUACUUUAUGAAGCAGAUCCAGCACUCGAUAGUAUAUCUCUAACAUCAUCUUUACAAAAUCAAAAUUUCCAACAAGACAAUGAAAAUUCUCCAAAUAAUCUAACUAAUAUUAAUUCAUCUGAACUAUCAUCAAUAUCAUUUGAUUCUUCGCUUGAAACAAAUAAUAGACCACUCGAUAAUUAUAUACUUAAAAUUCAUCAUCAACAACAAGAUGCCAUUAGUACAGAUGAAUCAUUUGUUGAAGUUCAUAAACAUACGCAAAUCAAUCAUGGUUCAUUAUUGAAAAUUCAAGAAUUAGAAACAGUUUCAAAUCAAAUAUCACUUUGUAUUGAACGUACAAAUUAUGGUCAUCCGACAACAAUUGAUGUUCUUCUACAUCGAAUGAUUGCUAUUGGUACAACAAAAAGUGUUGUACUACUAUUCGAACAUCAAACACAAACAUUGAAGCAUUGCUUAAAUAGUGAUUUAACAAAUGGCGCCGUAUCAGCAUUAAAUUUUAAUAGCGACGGAACACGUUUAUUAGUUGGUUAUGCACGUGGACGUAUACAAAUGUAUGAUUGUUCAAAUGGAAAACUUCUACGCAACAUUAGUAAUGAUAUUCAUGGACCGGACACAGCUAUAUUAAAUAUUAAAUUUACGCAUGAUCCUACCGUUGCUGUAUUUAGUGAUAGUGGUGGAAGUGUAUAUGUAUUACAAUUUACACGUCAUUUAAAACGUGGUUAUCAAUCGAAAUGUUUGUUUUCUGGUAGUCGCGGAGAAGUAUGCACACUUGAACCUCUAUUAUUCUAUCAACAGCAUGGAUCUUUAACAACAGAUACCAAUGAAAAAUUAGAACAACAUCCGUUAAAGUCAAUGUAUAUAAUUGCAUUAGCUACAUUUACCAAAAUUUUUCUAUUAGCAUUAAAAUCACAAAAUAAUGUUAAAAUUUUACGUGUACAACAUCUAGUCGGUAGUAAUACAACAUUACCAAUACUUAAAUGGCAAUUUAUUAUUGUUAAAGUUAGUGAUAAUGUUAGUUGUAUCAAUCCGAUUCUUGCUGCAGUGAGGGAUAGACAAUGUACAUUCAUUCAAAUACAACAUGUAAGAGAUGACGAACUACAUCUAACACAAUUGAAACAGAUUACAGUUGAUUAUCAUAUUAAAUCAUUUUGUUGGUUGAAUGCAAGAACAUUUGUACUAUUCGAUAUGUCUGAGCGUGCACAUGUUAUUGAUCAACGUUCUGAAGAACAAUUAGAAUGUUUAUCUUUAUCACAUUGUGAACUUAUUUAUAAUACAAUCUUCUUUAAAUCAUUAGCCACUGGUGGUAAUGUUUCUUCUGCAUUAGCAUUAGCGGGACAAAAUGCUUGUUAUCAAACAUUAAUUUCGAGUCAAGGCUGCAUUUUUUUACUUGGCACUCAUGCAGUUUAUGAAAUUCAUUUACGCGAUUGGUCUGAACGUUUGGAUUUUUUUAUUGAAAAUGGUAAAAAUCAAUACGAACAAGCUUUAGAACUUGCCUAUUUAAUGUUACUUGGCAAAGCUAAAGGAUUAACUGGUUUGCCAAUUGAUCCAGUGAAACGUCGUCAAUGUAUAUCUGAACGGAUGGUUUCAUUACUUCAAGCUUAUUUAAAAUAUUCUCUUAAUUAUGAAUGUCCACAGUCAGGUACUAUCGAUCUACUUAAACAACAUUACAGAAAUGUUCUACCACGUUCGAUUGAUUAUUGUCUAUUGAUUGAUCGUUUGGAUUUAUUAUUUGGUCUUAUCUAUGAAAUCUUCUCAAAAGAUUCUAUAGCACAUGGAAUAUAUUUACAAUGUUUAGAACCGUAUAUAUUAAAAAAUCGUUUUGAUACAAUGUCGCCUAUGGUUUUAAAUGAUUUUAUUAAUUAUUAUGUUGAAAAUAAUCAUUUAAAUCAAUUGGAACAUUGUUUAAAUCGUCUUGACGUAUCAUCUCUUGAUAUUGAUCAAAUUAUACAAAUAACAAGAAAACACAAUCUUUAUAUGACAUUAUUACGUAUCUAUAGUGAAGCAUUCAAAGAUUUUACAGCAAUUUUAAAAGAAAUUAUUGAGAAACUUGAAUAUGAUAUCGCAGAAAAUAAUGGGACGUGUUAUAGUGCAAAAAUGACUUUAAUUGGUAAUCAAGCGCUUGUUUUUAUACAAACAACUUUAGUUGGUGAAAUCUAUCCAUUUGGUGGCCGUCUUUCGUCUGAUUUAGCUCAAUUUGGACGUAAUGAAAUCGUUGAUUUUCUAUCGUUUUUACACCCACGGCGUACUGGCGGUUUGCUUUAUUCUAAUCUGCGAGCAUUACUUCACUUUAAUACGCGAGAUUUUUUCAACUUAUUAACAAUGGCUUUCGAUAAUGAGGAAUUUUUAAAUGAUGUUGAUACAAUAAAAAGACGAGCAUUUUGUGAUAUAUUACUUCGUGUUAUGGUAGACGAUGUACAAUUUUCGUCGCAUCAAAUCAGCAUUUUAUUUAAUUUUCUAUCAAGACAAUUAGCAAAAACUGGACAACAACAUAUAUUUGUUCAAGGAAUGCUUUUCGAACAGGUAAGAAACUAG